CGAACCUUGAGAUGGUCAGUGUCGCUGACAAACUGUGAACCAAGCUGAGCAAAUGAAUAUUAAUAUGUACUUCUAUCUCGGUAUAUACUUUGCUCUAAGCACUUUGGGAAGACUUGUGCUUCCAGCGCCAGUACCGGAGACUCAACACACACUGGAUACUAAGGAUAUGGAGGUCAUGAGAAGCUCUGAAUUUCAGGACGCUGCUGAGAAUGCGCUCAGCUUGAUCAUGAAGAUAAUCAGCAAAAUUCCUGCGGUGCACAAAUCUCUAAUCUACACUAAGACGCUGUCUUUAGACGAGAGUGAUUUGAGCACAUUGCAGUUCCUCAAGGAGACCCUGGAUUUACCAGAGCCAAGUCCUCUUCAGCCCCUCUCAGACAACUUCGCACUGGACAUUUCCUUGGGCCGCAUAUUUGAAGGUCUCACGUUGCACAAGAUUCUGCUGAAGGUGAUCAGUGAGCUGCCACACUUUAAGUCCGAGAAGCUGAGUGAACUCUUGUAUGACCUGCGAGAUACCUUACUGCAAAUCCACAAGAUGCAGCAGCAUUUCAUCAAGGCAACGAACGGACCAGAGAAGGUAACGGAAAGCCAGCUGCGUGAAGAUUUGGCUCCAAAAAUAGAGAAUGAAUACAUAUCCCAGGUGGCGGCACAUCUGGCCCUGAUUCAGCUGAGAGAGUUCACCAGGGAUGUCAGCCGCAGCCUCCAGAGCAUGAUUAUCUCUCCGGUAGAACAUGAGCCUGAAGAUUCAUAAAUCCAUGGAACCUAAUAGCGAACUCUGUAGUAAUGAAACUGUUUGGUGGAAUCAUUCGUCAAUAUCUGGGCGUGCACAGAUGUAAACAAUGCAAUUAUUUAUUUAUGUAUUUAUUUAUUUAUUUAUUUAGGUUAUUUAUUUAUGCCACACCCAUCACCCACAUCAAGGAGUUCAUGGUCAUUUGACCACUUAGUCACUUUGGUGACCUGCCAUAUGAUGAUGAUAAUAAUGAUGAUGUAUUUUAAUCACCACCACACGCCAGUUAUGAUCUACAUUAGGUCUUUUGGGCUGAAUGUAUUUUGUAUCGCUGUUAUUUAUUUAUUUGUUUUUUUUAAAUACUUUUUUGUGGUUAAUGUACCUUAUAUAGUUUUUUUACAUAUAUUUAUAUAAUAUACAUAUGUGUUAAUAUGCAAGACGUUUUGUUGUCACGUUAUACGUAAUUUUUUUCGGAAUAUUUAUCA